AUUGCGUAAUAAGGUUCCAUUUGAAUAUCUUGAUCUUAUACUUCGAUUAAAUUUGAGUUUAGAUUUUGAGAUAAAAUAUGAAAAAUAAUUUGCAUACUGUAGAAAGGUUGAUUAUAUCAAAAAGGUAUUAAUAGGUACAUUAAUACCGCAGAUGAGAAAUUUUCUACGAUAGAAAAAUAAUGAUAACGAAAUUAAUAAAUGGAAAAGGAAACGAUUUUCCCAAUAUUAUGCAAUCACUUUUACCAUGCAGACAAUCGUUUUGGCACUCGCCAUCGGAAUGACAAUCUCAGCUCCAGCUCCUAGCCCAGAGCCAGCUCCUGCUCCAGCACCGGCCCCAGCACCAGCAGCAGAUCCAAAUCCUAAACCAGGAUUCACCCCAGUAGUCUACACUCCUCCGGUAGCUGUCAGUUACAACGCUUUCUCCAGCUUACAAACUCAUCCUUCUCAAAUAGUCAUUAAAAGUGCACCAGCUGUAAUACCUUCUGUCUCAGCACUUCCCUCCGUUGCAGCUGUACCCAGUCUGUACUCGUUACAAGCUCAAGCAGCUCCGGCAGUUGGCUACGCUGUUAAUUAUCCGUACGUCCUUGUGUAGUCAAAUUCGAGAUGUCGUUUGCCAGCAAAUUAUAAACCAGUUUGGAAAAAUUUAUUCAAAAUUUUUGAAUGAUUCAAUUUGUCUUGUGUACUUUUAAGGUGUAAGUUUAUUUUUUAAAUAUAGAUGCGAUCAGUA